GUCCCCCUCGCUCGGCGGCUUCCUCUCGUCGGUUCUUCAUCCCCCUCUUUGCCUGCUAUCUCUCAGAAUCUCAAAUCCUUCCAUCUUGACUUGAUUUCGUCUCCACCCAUUCCACCAAAUUUUCUUCCGACCCAAUUUCCGGCGAGUGCUGAGGCUUUGCUUUCCCUCUUCCCUCAUUUGUGGCUUCCUGUGAUCGUCUACUUUACACCGAUUGCACCGUCAGUGUUGCUCUGCAACAGAGUAAACAUGUGAAUGGAAGAAAGAAAAGCAAAGGAAUCGGGACCGGCUCUUUCCACGAAGCCCUAGUUUCUCCCUUCGUCGUGUAAAGUGUUGGGUGGGUUAGAAGAAAUUGUGAAUUUACCCGAGUUUUCUGACGGAGAGCUUUCAUGUCUGACCCGCCGAACGACGGUGACAGCUUCAUAUGGCUAUGGCUCAUGGAGUAUCUAGCAAGCUUCCCGGAGACAGACGCUUCGCUUCUCCAUCAAUUGAUAGAGCAAGCACCAGCUUCCUCCACUGAUUUCAGAAGCGCUAGGGAAAGGGUUGCUCUAAGGUGCUUGGAGGACUUGUAUGCUAGCACAAAUGCUGUUGCUAAUGGGGCUCCAUCUGCUUCAGAGCCUAAGGUGGUAAUCGAUUUGUCCAACAGCUGCGAAGAUGUGAUCCAAACAAUAUUGCAGGAGAUGUCGAUUUCAGAUUUGGAAAAGGGUGGACCAGAGCUGUUGAAAUGGGAUAUUCAGCCUUUCAUUAUGCACAAGAAAGCUUCCAUGCCUAAAUGUGCUUUAGAGCAGAUAAAAGAGACAAUAGUUAAAGGUUCCUACGCAAGCGCUACUUUGUUGGCCAAAUUUAGUGGGUUGCUGCGUGAAAAUGAAGAUGGUAAUAAAACUAGUAUGGAUGGACAUCAAUUUGAGGGGCACAGGAGGAUCGACAAUCAAUAUGGGAUGUCAAUAGGGAAGUCAAUUUCUCAGUCGCGAGGAAAUGAGCAAGGAGCACUAUCAGAAGAUUUGCAUGACUGCAAUAUGUUGUUAUCAUCCAGAGGUGAUGAAGUUGAUAAUAACCAUGGUGCAGCGUCUUUGGGUGAGCAAGGACGUUCUUAUAAUGGUGAUGAUCGCCUAGUAGAUACUGAGAGAUUUCAGCAGGACACAUUACACAGUAAUAUGGACUGUGAUAACAAUUUGGUGAAAGACUCUUGCAGAGGUAAGGUUCAGAUAACUGAAAAAGAAAAUUGUCAUUCAGAAAUGGAAUCUCUAAGGGGAGUCAAGGGGCGUGAAAAUUCAAGUAAUGCUGGCAAUAUUUCUGGCGAGACAUCCGGUCAGUGUAUUCAGGCUCCCUCGGACGAUAGACAGGAGGACAAUCGAUGUGAGGCUGAUUGUUAUAUCAACAAAAUGUCACAAGGUAAAUCAGAUAUGCUUCAAGAAAUGAUUGUUAACGAUGAAGCUAAUGAGUCUGAACCUAGAAUACCAAGUGACACAGCCCUGAAGGAAAGUCACCAAGAUGUCUCUCGUGAUGACCACAAUGGUGGAACUAGUCGUGAUGAAGAGCCAAAAAUAGGUGAUGGUCUAAUAGUGAGUGGAUUGACCAGGAGUUGUAAUGUCGAGGAAGAAAAUGGACAUCUAUCCGAAGAAGCCCCACAAAGAGAUACUGGUAAAUGUGCUCACAAGAGAGUUAAUGAUGACACAAUGAAAAGCAAUCCUCUGAACUCGCAAGGUCUGCUGAGUAAGGAGUUUAUGGCUGCAGCAGAUUUUUCAGGGUUAAAUCUCUGUUUGAAAUGUAGCAAAAAUGGCCAGUUGUUGUGUUGUGGUACAGAUGGUUGCCCUUUGGCUAUUCAUGAAAGCUGCUUGGGUUUUACACCAAGUUCUGAUAAUGAAGGACAAUUCUGCUGCCCCUUUUGUGCAUAUUCUCUUGCCAUUUCAGACUACAAGAAAGCUAAGGAAAGGGCAUCUGUGAUGUUGAAGCAACUAAGUGCAUUUCUUCAUGAAGGUCCAGAGAAUCCAUCAAUUGAACAUUCUAAGAGCUCUUCUGAAGAUGGGAUUAGGAAUCCAGGGAAGAGAGAAGGCAAUCAAGCAAAUAAUGGAGAAGAUGUCGAUCAAGGCAAUGACUACCAAUUUCAGAACAGAACAGAUAGUGUACAACUUGAGGCUGUGCCUGCCCACUGUGUCAGCAAUCACCCUACUAGUGAACAGGAUCCAGUGGAUUCUCUUUGCGUUUCAAGAGGUAUUUCGGAAAGUGAGAUCAAAGGAACAACGCAAGCUUGCCCAUCAGUAAAAGUACCUGAAAGAAAGCAGGACCUAGAUCUUCCCGAGCUCUCUUGCCGUGGUAAUAAUAUAUCACAUGAAAAGAAAGAUGUGAAUUCGGAAGAAUCGGGGCAAGUUAAAGGGCCAACUGAGAAGGAAGUUCCAGAAAAAAUUCUAGAGCACAAACUUGUGAUGCCUAUUCGUGCUGUCCCGAUGGGUAGAAGAGCCUCGAAAAAUGAAAAUGAUAAAGCUAUGAGCCCUAACCAAUCCUUGAUUUUGAGGAAGAGAAAAAGGAAGGAUGCGGUUUCUUCACCAAGACGACAGGCAGUUAAAUGGACAGCACAGGAAGAAAAGAAGCUAAAGGAAGGGGUAGAGAAAUUUUCCAACAAGGGAAAUAUUCCAUGGAAGUCCAUAUUAGAGUAUGGGAAGUCUAUUUUUGGUGAUAUUCGCAACCCAGAGGACCUUAGGAGUAAAUGGAAGAAAAUGUGUAAAGGACAGUAACAGUCAUCAGCCAGCCUGGUAAGUUUCAACUCAAUUUUUCCUCCAUUUUUUUUUCUUCUUUCUUCCGCAUAUACGAUUAUAGACUUCUUCAUUCUUUCUGAUAGUUGGAAAUUCCCGAGAUAGAUCUCAUCGUGAUUGUUGCGGAAGCUAAAGUGCCACCUCGAUAUCCACAUUUGUUAACUUCUGUAGCUUGAAGGGGUUUAUACUAGAGAAUCUGAGCCCGGAAGAAGCUGUUUUCCUUUUAAUUUGAUGAAGGAUUAGCUUUUCCCUCGUGUGGUUGCUUUUCUUUUCUUCUGCAUACAGGCUGAUGUGAGUCUACCAUCCCUAAACUCCACUGCAGGUUGGUCAAGGAUAUGUUUGUGGUUGCUGCAGUUCAAUAAGCUUUUUUAAUGGGAAAACUCUGGGAGAUGUUUGGAAAGCUGACGAUACUUCUGUGGAGCUAUGAGAUCGUCCCUUUUCCUUCUCAAAUCAAUAUGUACAAAUUUGCAGGUUUUCAUUUGUGAUCAAUCUUCGUUGCUUGGUCAGUAGAGGUAGAGAUGCUAUACAGUAAUAUGAUCCAAGUUCUCGCUUCAGUAAUGGUUUGCUGGGUAGGAGGCUUUUUGACCAAUUUAUUUGACAGCAGUAAUAAGGAUAUUGCCACUGUGCGUUGAGUCUGUGUAUAGUGCUAGUUGGAUAAGCAGGCAUGGGUGUGCAACAAGAACAUGUGAAUGUUUGAAUGCACGGACACUAACUUGUGUAUUUAUCAUCCAUACCAUGGUAACCGGUAAGCCCGCGAUUGAGUCUCGAACUAUGUAUCUCUUGUCACUUUUUUGAGAUGGAUGAACGGGGUACUACUAUUAGUUUUGAACUUGAAAAAUCAGACGUUCGAAUUUCUUCAAUAUCAUUUAAUUAUAAAAAGCGGCUAAAUUACAAGUUUGGUCACUUGAAUUAUAUAAAUCUUUCACAUUUGUCAUCCAAAUUACUUUUCUUUCUUAUUUGUCACUAACUUUACAAAUCGUUUCACUGUUGUCACUCGCCGUUACACUCCGUUAAAUUUAUCUUACAUGGCAGUCAACUAUAAAGUUUGACCGUUAACUAGAUGACGUGGAUAUUAAAAAAAUUAAAAAAAUAAUAAUUUUCCACCCUAUAUUCCAAUUUGUUUAUAAGAUUUAUCAUAUUAAUUAUUUAAUUAAUAAAUUAUAAAAAUAAAUCAUAAAAACUAGACAACUAUUCCUCUUCUUCAUCUUCGUAAUUCCACGCCUAUCAGCUCCUCAACUCCCGCAGCAGCAGCCCCUCUCCCCCAUCGCUUCCCCAGCCCCUAAAACUUUGAUCUCCUCCGCUACGACUCCCGUCUGCGCUACGAAUCCCUCUUGAUUGGAAUCUUGUUGGGAGGAUUAAGUGGCAUCAGAAAGAUAGACGAAGGGUUGGUGAAGUCAAAUCAAGUGAAGGAAAGCGACGACGACAGAGAUAUCCGGCGGUUGAGCUGCGUAUGCGACGGUGAUGGGUUUUUAGUGGUGAUUUCCUCGAGGACGCCUAUCUAGAGGAACCCUCCAAGGGAGAAGCGGGGGCAGCCGACGACGGCUGUUCUCCGGUGCUGGUGGAGGAAAUGGUUUUGGGGGUUGUUGUCGGAGGUGGGUGAAUCGAUAUCCAAGUGACAAGAAGGUGGAAGGGAGGCCGGCGGUCGCGAUGGGGGAGGCGGGGGAAGGGGAGAAGUUGGUCUUUGUCGUAGUUGAUGAGCCGCUUGGCGUCGUAAUUGCGAAGAAGUUUUGUUUUAAGGGAUAAUUGCGAAGAAGAUGAAGAAGAGGAAUAAGAAUAGUUAGUGGAUAAUUAAUUUUGGAAUUAAUUAAUUAUUAUUAAAUAAUUAUUAUGAUAAAUCAACAAAGUUAGUGGAAUAAUGAGGUGAAAAAAUA